GCGAGAGAGUUGUUACAUUACACCAUUUGAUGCUGAAUAGUGGGAGUGUCGGAGUUUUGCGGCGGAACUUCAAGUCCACAUCUAUUUGUUUUCAUUAAACGUCUGUUCGUCUCGACACUGCAUGUCUUGCAAGAAUAAACGUACACGUUUUAGUCGCGAAAGAGAUCUGAAUGCAGCGGUAUUCUCUCUCGCGGUGUGUUUUUGGCAAACACCAGAUUGCGGCUCGAUCUGUUGAACCUGGGUGCGGCAGAGGAAACAACAGCGCAAUCGAGAAUCAGUGGAACAGAAUAAGAAGAAGCUUAAAGUAUCCCCGUUAAACAUCUGUAACACAUACAUAAGACUAAAAACAUGCAGACGAGUUUUCUGUCCGUUUGCUUUUUACUUUUGGGAGGGGCCUUUGGUGCAGAUGAGACUGUAUCAGUAAUGGAAGGAAAUUCUGUCACUCUACAAACCAACCUCACUGAAAUACUGAAUAGAGACACGCUACUUUGGGUGUUCGGGUCUAAAGAAUUUGUCAUCUCUCAAAUAACAAGAAAGGAUGAUUUAACCUCCAUUUUCAUAACAGAGGAUGAGAGAUUCAGUGGCAGAGUGCAGGUGGAUCAAAAAACUGGAUUUCUCACGAUCAGAAACAUCAGAAUCAGAUACUCAGGACAAUAUAAGCUGACCAUUUCCAGAGAAAAGACUACCAUUAAGACAUUUAGUGUUUUUGUAUUUGCUGUAGUCGAAAAGACAGAUGGAGUGAAGUCUUUGUCCGUGAUGGAGGGAGAUUCUGUCUCUCUACAGAAGGACUCUACUGAAUUACAGAGGGAUGAUCUGAUAGUGUGGAGGUUUGGAGAUAAAGGCCUUCUCCUAGCUAAAAUUGAUGUAGAAACUAACGAGACUUUAUUAAAUGCUGAUGAUGAGAGAUUCAGAAACAAACUAAAGCUGGAUUAUCAGACUGGAUCCCUGACCAUCAAAAAUGCUAGAACCGAACACACUGGACUUUAUGAAGUACAAGUCAGUGGCCGCGAGAGCUCACAGCAGUUCCUGCUUUCUGUCACCGCUCCACAUCAUUCAGGUCUGCCUGCAGGAGCCAUAGCUGGAAUAAUUAUCAUUGUUCUGUUGAUUGCUGCAUUUGUAACUUUUAUUAUUGUUUAUUAUUAUUAUCGCCGCAAGAUCUCAAAACUAGAACAUGUGGAUGAAGUUGUAGUUGAAGCUAAAGUAGAAGCUGAAGUGAAAGAGAAGGAAGGAAGAACUCACUGUCUAAGGACUGGAAUGAAACUGCAGGAGGAUGAUGAGAUAAAGUGGUGGUUCAACACAAAUCUCAUUGCUAAAUUCAGUGGAGGUAACUUUACAUCAUAUGAAAGUGAUAAUGUGAGAUUCAAAGACAAACUGUGGAAAGCAGACAAAUAUGGAGAUCUGCUCAUCACGAACAUCCGGAGCAUUCACUCUGGAGUCUAUAAAGUGGAGGCCAAAGGCAAAUCCAAGAUAAUAACUGUUACUGUCGAAGAUACUGAAGUGCCAGUGGAGGUGGGAGAUACUCUAAUUUUCAACACUCAUGUUGAAACAAAGCCUGGUGAUCUGAUUUUGUGGACGUUUGGAGCUACACAUCAACUCAUUAAAGCUGAAUCAGGAGAGAUCAGUAUUAAUGAUGAGAGAUACAGAGACAGACUGGAGCUGGACACUCAGACUGGAUCUCUGACCAUCAGAAACAUCACAGAUGAAGACUAUGGAUAUUUUCAUCUACAGAUCAUCAACAAAGAACGGACGAGAUUCAGGAGAUUCAAAGUUGUCAAAGAAACCACAAGAGGGAAUGUUUCGAAUGAACAACAAGAAGAGAGAAUACCGCUGCAACCAAGAUAAAUGGUUUAACUUGACUUUUCAGUAACACUUUAAAAUAAUGGUCCAUUAGUCAAUAACGUGAACACAGAGCAUUAAGUAAUGUUAACAAGCACAACAUUGGAUUUUAAUAAUGCAUUAGUAAAUGUUAAACUAUGGUUAAUAAAUGCUAUACAACAUUAUUCAUACUUAGAUAAUGUUAGUAAAUAAAUACAUUAGCUAAAAUUAAAUGAUGGACCAUUAUUCUAAAGUGUUACCGACUUUUCUUUAUUUAAAAUGUGAUCUCUUUAAGUUAAUAUUUACUUACGGACUCUGAGGAAGAGUAAAAGCAAACUGGCAUUUCACACAAAUAUCAGAAGUGUCACGGAAGGCUGAUCUCGGGGUCUCGAAAGGUGCUGGUAAAAAACAACAAACUAGAAACAAAACACUGAGUGUGGGGAAGUAAAAUUCAUCAUUAGUGGGCAGACAGUCAGGGGCGAACCACAUGACACCAGAACCCAUUUCACAAAGUUGGACAAACUCUUGAGGGCCUUCAUUACACAGCUGCGAUCAAGCACUGAGUUCAGUACAGCAAACAGAAAAUUACAUAAGCAGUCAUUCGGGAAGGUGGUCUGAUGGGUGAGAUCUGGGAGAUAAAUAAA